AUUUCGGGUUCUCAGAAUGACUGCUCUGGUUUCAGUUGUCUCAAUUCUGACAGGUUGGGGUGGCCCUUGAGGACAUUGCCCUGUACUUCUCCAGGAAGGAAUGGAGGCUCCUUGAUGAGGGUCAGAGAGGCCUGUACCUGAAUGUGAUGCAGGAGAACUUUGAACUUGUAUCCUCGCUGGGCUGCUGCUGUGGAGCAGAGGAUGUGGAGGCACCCAUUGAACAGAACAUUUCUUUAAGAUUGUCACAGGCAAAGAAUCCCAAGGUAGCUUUGUCUUCCCAGAAAUGCCACCCCUGUGAGAGUUGUGGACCAGUUUUGAGAGACAUUUUUCACUUGAUUGAGCAGCAGGGAACACACCACAGCCAGAAACUGUUGAGGUGUGGAGCAUGUGCAAAACAGUUUUGUUUCAGUGCAAAUUAUCACCAGCACCAGGAGCAGCACAUGAGAGAGAAACCUCUUAUAUGCAGAUUGUACAGGGUCUCUCUUGCGAAGAACAGAAAUUUCCAUGAAUCAAGGAAAACUUUUAUUGCCAGGGACUUUAGGAAGAACUUCCUGAACAUCUCAGAAAAUCUUCAGCAAAAGGCAGCUCAAAUCAGGGAGAGGUCAAAUGAAAUUUCUGUGUCUGGAGUGACUUGUCAAAGAAGAAGAAAUCAUCACACCUGGAGAGAGUGCAAGAAAACCACUAUCCGCAAGCACACCCCCAUACAGGACCAGGGUGUCCGUAAUGAAAGACAGUGUUUUGUGUGUGGGGAAUGUGGAAAAUAUUUUACCAGAAUUGAUGGCCUCCGUUGUCAUGAGAGAAUACACACAGGUGAAAGGCCUUAUGAGUGCAGUGAAUGUGGAAAGUCUUUUAUUACAAGCAGUAACCUUGGAAGACAUAGGAGAGUUCAUCCUGGAGAAAGGCCUUAUAAAUGCAGUGACUGUGGGAAAUGUUUUACAAGUAACCCUGGCCUCCAUUAUCAUCAGAGAGUUCACACAAGAGAAAGGCUUUAUGAGUGUAAUAAAUGUGGGAAAUCUUUUACCAGUAGUGGUAAGCUCUGUUAUCAUGAGAGUGUUCACACCGCAGAAAGGCCUUAUGUGUGCCGUGAAUGUGGGAAAUCAUUUUCCUUUAGAUGUCGCCUCCGUUAUCAUGAGAGAUUCCACACAGGAGAAAGGCCUUAUAAGUGCCAUGAAUGUGGGAAAUCUUUUGCCAGUAGUAGUGGCCUCUUUUGUCAUCGGAAAGUUCACACAGGAAAAAGUCCCCAUGUGUGCAGUGAGUGUGGGAAAUCUUUUCAAAGGAACUCUGACCUUCGUGUUCAUCACAGAGUUCACACUGGAGAAAGGCCCUAUGAGUGCAGUGAGUGUGGAAGGUCUUUUCAAAGGAACGCUGACCUUCAUGUUCAUCAGAGAGUACACACUGGAGAAAGGCCUUAUGAGUGCAGUGAGUGUGAGAAAUCUUUUACCACUAGCACUGGCCUCCGAUAUCAUGAGAGAGUUCAUAAGGGAGAAAGGCCUUAUGACUGCAAUGAAUGUGGGAAGUCUUUUACCAGUAGUGCUGGUCUUCUUUAUCAUGAGAGAGCUCAUAAGGGAGAAAGGCCUUAUGCCUGUAGUGAUUGUGGAAAAUCUUUUGUCCAUAUGGGCAACCUUCAUUAUCAUGAGAGAUAUCACACUGUAGAAAUGCCUCAUGAUUGCCGUGAAUAGAAAAAUCUUCUACCAAUAGCCGUGGCCUUUGUUGUCAUCAGAAAGUUCAUACAGUAGUAAGGCCUUUUGAGGGCAAAAAUGUGGGAAAUCUUUUACCUCGUAGCCAUAUUGUUUUAUAUUAGUGAGGUCACACAAGAGAAAGGCCUGUGAGUACAAUGAAUGUGGGAAACUUUUACCAGUAUCUAUGGCUUCUGUUAUCAGUUCAUGCUGGUUAAAGGCUUCAAGUGUGCAGUGAAUGUGGGAAAUUAUUUAGCCAUAAAAUUAUGCCUCUUCACAUUGGAUAGUUCACACUCUGGAAGUCCUUAGAUUUUAGGGAAUGUGUUAUUGUCUUGUUCAGUGUAAUGACACAAGAAAACUGAGUUGCCAUCCGAAUUGAACUUCAUACAAAUGUUCACAGGCAGACAUUUUUCAGAAAUUUAAUGUUUAAUUUUUAAAGAAUCUAACAAAUUAUAAAGUGAUUGUAACAUUUUGCUUUCUUACCAGUGGUAUAUGAAGGUUCUAUUUAUGCCAGACUAGCAAACAAAUAAAAUUUGUUUAAGUUUUAUUAACUUUAGCUUUUUAAAUAAGUUUGUUGUGCUCUCUCUUUGCUGUUUUAGUAGCAUUUUUGUAAGGAUUCAUGACAAGCAUUUUUGCAGAUGUGUAUUUAGUACUGAUAAGUUUUUAGUAAAAUGUGUGCUCACAUGA